CUCGGCUAUGAGAAGAUGAGGCAAGAUGGCGACUAAAAUAAGCAAAGAAAGUGCUCCUCCUUUUGAUUGUCCAACAUGGGCAGGCAAGCCGCCUCAGGGGCUCCAUCUAGACGUGAUGAAGGGAGACAAGCUGAUGGAGAAACUGAUCAUAGAUGAAAAGAAGUAUUACUUGUUUGGAAGGAACCCGGACUGGUGUGACUUCACCAUCGACCACCAGUCAUGCUCACGUGUACACUCUGCCCUCGUCUACCAUAAACACCUGAAAAGGCUCUUUCUCAUAGACCUCAACAGCACCCACGGCACUUACCUGGGACACAUCCGUCUGGAGGCACACAAGCCUCAGCAAGUUCCCAUAGACUCGACAGUAUCUUUCGGGGCCUCAACAAGAACCUACACCAUCAGAGAGAAACCCCAAACCCAAGGCACUGCCGGCUCAGGAGACAGUAAGACGGGAGAGGACGAGGAGCUGAAAGGACUGCUUGGGCUUCCAGAGGAAGAGACGGAGCUGGAGAACUUGACAGAGUUCAACACGGCUCACAACAAGCGCAUCAGCUUACUGACUAUUGAGGAGGGUAACCUGGAAAUCCAGAGGCCGAAGAGGAAACGGAGGAACUCCAGGGUUACCUUCAAUGAGGACGACUCCAUCAUUAACCCAGAGGACAUAGACCCCUCGGUGGGACGGUUUAGAAACAUGAUCCAGACGGCUGUCAUCCCCAUCAAGAAACGGAGAUCAGAUGGUCACAGCACUCUUGGUCUCGAUGACCUGACUUCGAAGCGCAUCCACAGCUACAACAUGGGUGGUGGUGGUCUCUAUGGGGACCUGCCUCCCACCAGUCACGAGAACCAGCCAACAGGAGCUCCAGGAGGCGCUGCUCUGCAGGGAGGGCUUCCUCUGCCCUUCCCCAAUCCAGCACCAGAGGUGGACCUGGCCCCAGAGGCCCCCCAGCCCCCCGUCACACUCAAACCCACCCCUGUCACAGCCCCCUACCUACCAGAGACGCACAACGAGCCACGCAAAAAGAAGUAUGCCAAAGAAGCUUGGCCGGGCAAGAAACCCACCCCAUCACUACUUAUCUAACAAUUUCUCAAAGCUGCUGACUCUCAGGUUACCAGCAGAUACAUCAGGGACUGUGGCCUGGCUGAGGUGGAGUCAUUCACAUCUCAAAUGUUCUUUUUUUAUUUGUCGUGUUACUCAUUGUCAUCACAAAAACACAAUUCCUUUGUGGUCUGUCACAAGGUAUUCCCAACAUUGAUUGCUACGUCUGCAGUUGAUAAGUGACAAUAAUACAGCAGAAGCUUGUUGAUUGCAAACACAAUUAAUAUUCAUUUACAAGACUUUGGCAGUUAGCGUUUAAGCCUCAGAGGUGCAGUUGCCUGUUUGUUUGUGAGUGACGGGCGACAUGGAUAUGGCUAUCUUUUGGAUGUUAAGUUGUAUUUAGUUUUUUACGAAUCACUUUUCCAACAUUAUUUUCACUCUAGAAAGUGUUUUGAAAAUGCUGUUAAACAAAUGGUGAACAAAGACUUUUAUAUAAAAUAUUUUACUGUGCGAAAUUAGGAAAGUCAGAGAAUACAGACAUGAAGCAAAACACAGGGCUGCUUUUUAUUUUGAAACCCUCUUGAUAUAAUGUGAAGCCUUUACAUUACAUGUAUUGGACCAAUAUGACAUCAACUCAACUGUUUAGUGUUUGUCCAACAAGCCACUAGAUGGAGACUUGUGCACAAUGGUCAACGUUUUCAUUGAGGUUUCGCUGCAGACUUGCAGGUACUAUAUUGUUUAUGGCCUGUUGCAACAACCUCAACAUUUCAAAGUGAUGAUGCAAACUUCUCGUUACUGAUUCUUCUGCAGAUAAAAGCCACUUGUCCUGUCCAAACAGUAUGUUGACAUCUGUCCGUAAGCUUUUUACAAUACAUAUUGAGUUUUAAAUGGUUUGUAGAAUACUGUAAAUGCAAGAAUUUACAGUUUUCUCUGUUGACAGUUAAUUGGGCUAUUAUGUAGUUUUAAAUUGAAACGGCAGCACAGUAACAAAUACCAACUCCGCGGCACAGAUUUCAAAAAAGGUAGUCAAAACACGAAGGUUGGGAUUUAGUAUGUGUUAUUGGUCAUGUAGCGUGUUAAUGUCAUCCACUUGCAAAAGAUUACAGUGCAGUUUAUCCAGUUAACUGUUCAUAUUUAGUUUGCCCUGAACUGAGAUGUAGGAACCAUCUUUGCACAGUCACAGAAAAUCAUAGUUAUUCAUGUCAAACAGGUGGAACGUGAUGUAAUUGGUUGUAAUUUCCAAGUUUAAAGGUCUCAUGAAAUGGUAUUCUCACUUAAUUGGUGGUAAAUAUGGUUGCGGCCCCUUUUGAGAGAGGUUGUUGUGUGUGUGUGUGGGGGGGGGGCUCAACUAUCAAUCUGCAGAACGAUCAGAUGGCCUGAAUGGUUGAACUUUUAUAGGUCUCUUUUGGUAUAGCAUGAGGUCACCACUAAAGAUGAGCAGGUUUAUGGAUCAGUCAAGUGUUCAUUUCAUGGGAUCUUAUAGGUGAAAGGUUGGAUAUCAGAUCAACAAAAGACGAGGUGUUUCACUUUUACGAACUGCCGGCGACUUUUUGUCCUUGUGGAUUUUGUAAUCAUAUGACUGUAAAUAAAAAAUGAAUUACUUUUGACAAUC